AUGUCCAAGAAAGAUCAUGGUCGAUGUUUCGUUUGUGAUGAUGCAGCAAUUGGAUUAAAUUUCGGUGUACCGACGUGUAUGCCUUGCAAAGCUUUCUUCCGUCGAAAUGCCACAAAACUCGGUGUCCAACAAUAUGUUUGCCAAAAUGACGGUGAUUGUAUAAUAUCGUACAAGUUUCGUCGAUCGUGUAAUUGCUGUCGAUUGGCGAAAUGCUUUCGAGUGGGAAUGGACAAGGGAAUGAUUCUAUCGGACGAAGAACGAGGUGCUCGUAAUCAACUAGUGGAAAUCAAUCGACUAAAGCGGGGAAAGAUUCCAAAACAACAAUGUGCCAAAUGGAUGCAACCAUCGCCUUUACUGAUCAUCUCAACGAAUCCUCUCUAUGGCCUUCGUCCGAAUGAUCAGGUUAUUCUUGGUAACAUCUUCGACGCAUAUGAAAACAAUUGUACAGUAGCAAAAAAUGUCCAAUUACAGCGCGUUCCAGACAUCCAAUACACCUCUCUACAUGAAUAUUGCAACGAGAUUUCCUUCGAAUUUCGAAGCUGUAUUCAAUUUCUGAAUCAUAUACCAGAAUUUGCUAGAUUUACCAUCGAUGAUAGAGUACGUUUGUUGAAGAAUCAUUUCGGUAUUAUAGCCAAUAUGAGUGGACCGAUGAUGCGUUUGAUGUCCUUGAAAAAUGCAAUUAUAACGUGGACAAAUGUUUUUGGUAUCGAAAUUGCUCAGCGUCUUCUAAAAUCCAGUGCACUGCUUCAAGCAUAUUUAAAUGACCCGAUGAUUUUGAAACUUCUUAUUGUUAUCCUGGUCCUCUCCAGUAGUAAUGGCCGUAAUCUUGAUUACAUUGAUAUAGACCAGAUUUGUGACGACCCAUUAGGUAUAUUUUCUGCUCAAAAUAUUUAUGUCGAGAUACUAUGGAGAUACAUUCUUUCGCGCUCGGCAAGUCACAAGCACGCAGUUCAAUUCUUUAACAAAUUAAUCAUAUGGGAAAUUGAACAGAUGGAUCCAAUAGUGAAGAAUAUGUGGCCAAAUUCGGCGGAAUUUGAAGAAAUCAUAGAUAUGGACAUUAUAGACGAUAGUGCUCUUUAA